UAUACUGUGAACCUGCCCAUUAGCCCCACUGUCCUCUUUAAUUCAUUGCAUGUUCCCCACGUGAUCCUUGAUCCACACUUGGAUCCUAUUAACACAAAGAGACAAAACCAUAGUUUCAUUGUUCACUAUCAAUCACAUAUCACUUCAAUUUCACUCUAUUAAGACACUAAGGUUCCUUGUGAAUAUCUAGUUUAUACACAUUAAUUAAUAUCUUCCUUAUAUAUUGCUUUGAAAUUCAGAAUUGAGGUUGGUUUUGACUUGAAUUCAAGAGCUUUUAUGUUAUUCAUAUAUUUUUUUUUUUGUUUCUAAAGAUCUCUUUUAGUUAUCACUAGAUUUGUUCUAGCUAGCUUUAGUUGUUUGUGGACACAAUUGUUUUGUAGAUAUUUAGUCAUUUGGUUUUUUUAAUGAUCCUUAGUCUCUCUUUUUUUGUUAUAAAAUGGAAAUAUUCAAUUUUUCAUGUUUUUAUUAUUGUUGAGUGAGACAUGUAGGGAAAGGUUUCUAUGACAGAGAUUUUGAUUGCAUACUUUUUACAAAACAAAGAGGCAUAAUCUUGGUCUCAUGUCUAAGAAUUAAAUCAAUUUUGAGUUUUGACACUCAUUUGAAGUUACUUUGUGGUUUGCUGAAUCUUAGAUCCAGUGAUCAGAUAUCUCCUACAUCCUUUUUUUUGGUUUGCCACAUGUUCCCUCCUCUGGAGGUAAUCCUGUUCGACCUCCUGUUCCAGGAACUGUCGGACAGGGAGAAUCGAACCUGAAACCUUGAGGAGGAACACACUCCCAGGUCCCAAGUCAAUACCACCAGGCUAACCCAAGUGGGUUGAGGAGAUUGUACUUAUAGUUAGGUGUAUGAAGGUGAAGUGAAGGUUUUGGUUGUGGCAUUCAAAAUCUGAAAAUAGGUAUGAAUAGGACCAUAGUUUGGUUUAGGAGGGACCUAAGAAUUGAGGACAAUCCUGCAUUAGCUGCUGCUGCAAGGGAUGGUUCUGUUUUUCCUGUCUUUAUUUGUUGUCCUAAAGAGGAAGGACAGUUUUAUCCGGGUAGAGUGUCGAGGUGGUGGCUGAAGCAGUCUCUAUAUCACUUGGAUCAGUCACUGAAAUCUCUUGGAGCUGGACUUGUGAUGAUCAAAACUGAUAGUACUCUUAAAGCACUUUUGGAAUGUGUAAAUGCUGUUCAAGCUAAAAAAGUUGUGUUUAAUCAUCUUUAUGAUCCAGUUUCACUUGUUCGUGAUCACAACAUCAAAGAAAAAUUAGUGGAACUUGGUAUUUCUGUGCAAAGCUACAAUGGAGACUUGCUGCAUGAACCGUGGGAUAUAUAUGACGAAAGUGGACAUGCAUUUACAACCUUUGAUCCUUUUUGGAGUAGAUGCUUGCAAAUGCAAAUGAAAACUUAUUCAACCAUUCCUCCUUGUCAAUUAAUUCCAGCACAAGGUAAAGUUGAGAAACAUUCAAUUGAACAACUAGGUCUUGAAGAUGAGUUAGAAACAUCAAGCAAUGCAUUAUUAUCAAGAGCAUGGUCUCCAGGUUGGAGCAAAAGUGACAAGGCAUUAACCGAAUUUGUCGAAAACCACCUAAUUCACUACUCAAAAAAUAGGUUAAAUCUUGGUGUUGACUCGACCUCACUUCUAUCUCCGUAUAUUCAUUUUGGAGAAUUGAGUGUGAGGAAAGUAUUUCAGUUGGUGCGAACAAAACAGAUAUUAUGGAAAAACGAAGGAAAUAUUGUAGGCGAAGAGAGUGCAACGUUUUUUCUCAGGGCCAUUGGAUUUAGAGAGUACUCGCGUUAUCUUUGUUUUAGUUUUCCGUUCACCGUCGAAAGGCCAUUGCUAGGGAACUUAAAAUUUUUUCCUUGGAAUACCGAUCCUUCAAAGUUUAAGGCUUGGAGGCUAGGUAGGACUGGAUAUCCAUUAGUUGAUGCAGGAAUGAGGGAGCUUUGGGCGACCGGAUGGAUACACAACAAAAUGCGAGUUAUAGUUUCUAGUUUUGCAGUGAAAAUGUUGCUUAUACCAUGGAAAUGGGGAAUGAAAUAUUUUUGGGAUACACUAUUAGAUGCUGACCUUGAAAGUGAUAUCUUGGGUUGGCAGUAUAUCUCCGGGAGCUUACCUGAUGGUCACGAGCUUGAGCGGUUAGACGAUCCAGAGAUUCAAGGGACGAAAUACGAUCCAGAAGGCGAAUACAUUCGACAAUGGCUACCAGAGUUGGCAAGAAUUCCAACUGAGUGGAUCCAUCAUCCAUGGAAUGCACCACUUACUGUGCUAAAAGCAUCAGGUAUAGAGUUAGGUCAAAACUAUCCAAAACCAAUCAUUGAAAUAGAUUUGGCUAGAGAACAAUUGACUCAAGCUAUAUUCAAGAUGUGGGAAGAUGAGGCAGCUUCAAAAGCUUCUACCUCAGAAAAUAAACAUGAAGUAGUUGACGACAGUGAAAAUUUGUCGAUUCCAAAAGUUUUCUUGAAGGACAAGGCUCCACGCGGUGCUACUUCUUCGUCAAAUGAUCAAAAGGUGCCAAUACUUCAGAAUCCAAAGAUUGAUGAUCCUCCUAAUAGGAAGAAACAAAAAUGUAUGGAUAAAGAGGAUCGGGAACAAGAUAGUUUGAGUAACCUUAGCAAGCGGACCGAUACCGGAGUGUCAUGCGUUGAUCAAGAAGUGUGCUCAACCGCUGAAUCUUCAUCCAAGAGACAGAGUUCAAGCACUUGUUCAUUUUAUGUACCAUAACAAUGUUCCUCUCCUCUUCUACUAAUAUAAAGUUGUCAUGGUAAGAACAUAGUUCAAAAAAAUAUGCAUGAGCAUAUUUCUUAGAGAAAUAGCUAAUCUAAAGCUUAAGAUACUAAUAUAAUAAUAAGGUAAAUUACACUUUCUUAAAGAGAUGUUUGAAUUAGACUUUCAUCUCCUCUUCUAUGUUAAAGUCUACACACUCCUCUUCGUAUAAGUAACCAUAUAUUAAGAGAAAUGCUA